AUGGCCGCGACGUUCUGGGAUCUACUGCUAGCCACAACGGUGGUGCUAUUCUGUCAAGUUGGGGUGUUCUACCUGCAAGCGUGGCGUUGUCACCUGCAGCCCCUCUCGCGUACAACCCGCUCGAGUGACUCGCUUCUGGUCCUGGUCGUGACGGACGUCCAUUUGCUAGGCAAGAGACGGCGCUCGUGGAUCGAGCGUUGGUGGGUGGACUGGCAGGUGCGAGCAUCCGUUAGGGCGGCGGUUGAUGUGCAUGAGCCUGAGGUGGCACUCGUUCUGGGAGAUCAGUUUGACGAAGGCGGUCGUCGGAUGUUGGAUUCGGACUGGGACGAGUACACUUCGCGCUUUUUCCGAGCUUUUAGCAGCUUCCUGCCGUUAAAAACGAUGUACCUGGUUGGCAACCACGACGUGUCGUUCGGACGGGACAUGCAGAUGCAGAAUCUUCAGCGCUUCGAAGUCACGUUUGGAGCAGCGAAUCGCGUCGAAGAGAUUCAAGGACAGACGUUUGUGAGUCUAAACACAAUGGCGCUGGACACGGAUGUGACGAGUGAGGAGGUGAAGCUUGAAGCGAGGAGCUUCUUACAGAGCGUUAACUCCAGCGACCUUCGAGCGCGCACGAGUGGCAGUGUGGUGCUGCUCACUCACCUGCCACUUUUUCGUGGGGACGAUCUCCAAUGUGGCGAAGAGCGGCUAAGCGAGUCGGGUCACGUCACGUACGAACACCCGAGCUACAAGUAUGAGGUACACCACCACGUACUCUCGCGCGAACUCUCUGCAGAGCUGCUGAGCAAGUUGCAGCCAGAUCUGGUGCUGUCGGGACAUACGCACGCGUGGUGUGCGUAUCACCACCCUGGCGAGAAGACUAUCGAGUAUACUAUCCCGGCGUUUUCGUGGGGUCAGCGUCCUGACCCGAGCUAUGCUUUGCUGCAGCUGUCUCGUGGUAGCCACGUUCGGCCGGAAGUGUCAGCCUGCCACUUGCCGCAUGAAUCGUUUGUCUUUGCAACGUAUGCUGCAACACUCAUCGUCAUCCUGCUUACCCACGUUGUCACGACUGUCCGGUCAUUACGGGCAUCGAAAAUAAAGACAAAGGGCGCGUAG